GCCAUCCAAGGCAGACGCGCUUCUGCAGCGGCGCUGGGGCGAGAGCGCAGAGGGUCCCGGGCGCGCUGCUGUGUCCCGGGCACGCCACCGCCGCGUGCGUCUUCAGACCGCUCCCACUGCGGCCCUGCUGGCAGAAACUUCUUUUUUCUGUCCGUUAAAAGAGCCCUUAGGCUGAAGGAUCGCUUUGAGAUCUGAAUAACCAGAAGCGCUCCGAGGCAACCGAAGCUAUUUUUCUUCGUUUUUCCUUUUGGGUUUCGUUGGCACGGGAGAAUUUUUAUCAAUUCCCUCCCCACUUUUUUUUUUUUCUCUCUCCAAAAUGGAUUAUUUCCCCAUGAUUUUCUCUCUGCUGUUUGUGGCUUUCCAAGGAGCUCCAGAAGCAGCAGUCUUGGGCACAGAGCUCAGCACAGGCCCGGACAGCGGAGGGGAGAAGCCGGCUCCCAGUGCGCCCUGGCGGCCCCGUCGGUCCAAGCGCUGCUCCUGCUCUUCCCUGUUGGACAAGGAGUGUGUCUACUUCUGCCACCUCGACAUCAUCUGGGUCAACACUCCCGAGCACAUUGUUCCAUAUGGACUCGGAAGCCCUUCUAGGUCUAAGCGAUCCUUAAAGGAUUUGUUUGCCACGAAGGCAACAGACCACAGGGACAGAUGCCGGUGUGCUAGCCAAAAAGACAAGAAGUGCUGGAAUUUUUGCCAAGUGGGGAAAGAACUCAGGGACCAAAACAGUAUGGAGAAAGGCUGGGAUGACCAGAAGAAAGGAAAAGACUGUUCUGAGCCUGGAGAAAAGUGUAUUCAGCAGCAGCUGGUGGCAGGAAGAAAAAUAAGAAGGUUGGACGCCAUCAGCAACAGCAUCAAAACAGCCUUCCGUGUUGCAAAGCUGAAAGUAGAGGUCUACAGAGAGAAGAAAGUGACCCACAACCGAACGCACUGAUGGCAGGUCGCCGGGGCCUGUCACAUGCCAUCUCCUCCCCAGAGGGAACCCUGUGGCUGAUUCUGCACUCUCUCCACAUGGCUGGGAUCAGAGCAAAGGCAUCCUCCCUGCUUAGACCGUUUCUCGCUCCAGACUGGCAACGGACCAGUGUCCUCACUCUAAACAUUCCAGGAAAGGUUAAGGAGUCCCCCAAUCUGUCUUCAUUUGCUUCCAUCAGUGGUGACCGCUUCCGUCUUUCUUCAUUUGGGGUCAGAGUUGGACCCCUCAGAAAGCAGAGAGACACAGUGACUUGCGGAUUAGAGUGGCAGCCUCCAGACGGGGGAGAGGAGAUUCCGCGCACCGCGGAAUUUCUGAAGAGGGUCCGAAGGGAGUGUUUGCGUCUCACUCAGGCGCCUGGCACAUUUCAGGGAGAAACUCCAAAGUCCAUGCAAAGAUUUUCCAAGGAGUGCACAAAUUGAAAACACACUCGAAGGACACUCAAGUUAAAAAAAAAAGAAAAAGACUUUUAUUUUAUUAUUUUUUUUUAAUUCACAAAAUGCAAAACUGAAAGACACUGUUACUACUGUAAAAUCAGGAUGGGUUUAAUGGAUAUGAGUCUACCUCACUUCUGUUGCACUCUGGCAGAAGUAUUUCCCCACCUUUAAUUAUUGCCUCCUCUGGCUCUUCCCCUCCUGCUGUCCCCUCCUCCCCAAAACCCCUAUGGUAAAUCUUGGCCUCAUAGAUGUCUAGUCUAACAUGUCAGUAGUAGAUGUAACAUUCUCAUGGUAAUGUUAGCUCUGAUUAACAGUAGCUACUAGCUCUGAUCCACAAGAAAAAAUGAUCAUUGAAUCAAGAGGUUCCCUUACCUUGAUCUUUGGAAACACAAUGGUAUAGAAUUGUUUAUGAAAGACAUUGAACAGUAAACAUUUGGUUAUGCUUUAAAGCAGUAGAAUUAUUUUCCUUUAUGUAACUGGCUAAUGGAAGGGGUUGGAAUAAAUUUUGAUGUACUUAUUUUUUUAUAGAUAUUUAUAUUCAAACAAUUUAUUCCUUAUAUUUACCAUGUUAAAUAUAUG